GAAAGUUUGUGGAGGGACAGUGAGAGGCGCAGCAGGCAGAUCAACAGCAACUUCCUUCCUCCGCUGGGGUACUAACAUGGAGUUCGGGGGUUAUAAAUACGAGCAAAACAUUUUCUCAAACAAACAAGCCCACAGACUGCUGGAACGCACGAGAACUUAAACGGACACAACCGAGGUGCAAACAUGAAGCAUGUAACGGGACUGCUGCUCGUCGUGUUGGCUGUUCUGAUGGGAAGAGCCGGCGGGAUAGAGCAGAAUAGCGGCUACUGCAUCGGGAACCAGUGUUUCGCUGUGUUCCCAGAUCCCGUCGAUUACAAGACCGCUCAGAAUCAAUGCGAAGGUCUUGGCGGCCACUUGAUGACAGUGCGCUCGUCUGUUUCCCAUGAUAUUUUCCUUAUCUUGUUGGGAAACUUUACGGGCCGGUUCUGGAUCGGUUUACAUCUAACAAUCGCCUGCCCAGACGCUGCUGCCGAUCUGAAAGGCUUCCAGUGGGUGACCAAAGACAGCGAAAGCGACUUCGUCAACUGGGCGCCAGGCUUUGACAGCAGCUGCUCUUCUCCUCGCUGCGUCUCAGUUUCCCAAGAGGACGACUUUAAAUGGAUCCAGAAACCCUGCGACGAGCACGCGGCCGGCUUUCUCUGUGAGCACACUUUCGUUGAGCCGUGCAAAAGUCUAGCGGUUGCAGAGGGCGAGUCUGUAACCUACAGGACCCCGAUGGGAUUCGGGGGCCGUGACAUGCUGUCUUUGCCCCCUGGAAGCACCGCUGUCCAGAUGCCGGGUGAGACUAAAUACGUCUGCUUCUCCGAACAGUGGCUGCAGGCGCCCUGGAGCUGCGAGAUACAAGAGGGUGGGUGUGAGUACAAAUGCGCAGUGGAUCCCAAACACGUGCCCUCCUGCUACUGCCCGCCGGGACAAACCAUAAACCAAGCAAACAGAGUCACCUGUGAAACGGACAAAGAGGACCCGUGCCUGCUCCUGCGCUGCGCGCACGCCUGCUACAACAAGGGAGACUCCUACGCGUGCUUGUGUGACCACGGCUUUAAGCUGGCGCAGGACGGCAGGUCGUGCGUGGACUUCAACGACUGCACUGACGAGCGGCAGUGCCCCGGGGAGAACUUCAUGUGCGUCAACACCGUCGGAGGGUUUCAGUGCGUCUGCAAGGAUGGAUACAAGAUGACCGGCGAGCUGUGCGUCGACGUGGACGAGUGCGCGUCCGCUCCAUGUGAGCACAUUUGCACUAACGCUCCCGGUAGCUACGAAUGCUCUUGUUAUGAUGGAUAUAAAGAGGACCCAAAGUCACCGGAUAAGUGCAAACUCCACUGCGGGAAGGAGGAAUGUGUCGCCGAGUGCGACCCCAAUGACAAGUUCCAGUGUUACUGCCCUGGUGGUUAUAUCGCAGAGGAAAGGGACGCACACACGGUUUGCAUUGACAUAGACGAGUGUUCUUUCUAUUAUUGUGACCAAAAUUGUAAAAACACAUUCGGCGGCUACGUGUGCUCAUGCUUACGAGGAUACACACUAGUUGACCAAUACAAGUGCGUCAAAAACGACGAUGAUACGGACGCAGACGGAGGGUCGGAGGGCUCCGGCGCGAUCCCCACGAUUCCGAACAUCCACCCAACGUCCCCUGUGCCAUAUCCAGAACCAACCAGGCAGCCCUCGGCAGUGACAGUGGGGGCUCUCGUGGGGAUAAUAGUGUGUACUGUCUUUUGUACUGUGUUGGUGGUUUUUCUGGCUCAUCACAUCCUCACCGGCAGAGGGAAGAUGGAGAGCGCCGGCGCGCUCAAAGCGCGUGAGGACGAGGCGCACGGUUUGCGGCAUGUGACGAGUGACACUUAAAAAUAAAAAUAAAAAAACGGCCCGAGAGACAGAGACAGCUAAAGCACGACACGUGAAUGUACAGGUCCAGACAGCCGUGGACACGGCACACACUCACAGUAAAACAAAGAACAGGGAUGUGGUGAUGCCAUGGGAGAUGAAGUCACUAUGAACUCUCACGAGAACAGAGAUUAUACACACAGGCUAUUAUACACGUAUUCAGUUGUUUUUGUUUUGUUUUGUUUUCGAGGACGGAUAUUCACCGCAGGAAAACUGGUUUUAUCUACCCUUCAAGUCACAUACAACACAUGCAAUGUAAUAAAACAUGACAACGAACUUUGCUCAUUUUUUGAAGUUCAUGCUGGAACAUUAUUAAAUUAUAAAAACGUG